UGUUUCUCCUGUCCUGGUGGGGGAGCCAAACACUCUAGAUUGGUAACGGGGAGGCUGUUGAUUCUGGCUUUAUUGUUGGGUCAGUCAUUUGUGAGCUGGUGGCCAGAUAGCAGGCCACACACUUCUGUGCAAAGAUCUUCAUGUCUUGGAACUGCCUGAAUAUUGUUUCUACUAUCGGAGACUUGGCCGAGGCCGAGAAAAGAUGAGUUCCGGGAACGCAUCCUAUCGCUGCUCUAUGUCUUCCUCUGCGGAUUUUUCUGACGAAGAUGAUUUCAGCCAGAAAUCUGGCUCAGCAUCUCCAGCUCCUGGAGACACCUUACCCUGGAAUUUACCUAAACAUGAGCGAUCCAAAAGAAACAUUCAAGGGGGCUCUGUGCUGGACCCUGCUGAGAGGGCGGUGCUUAGGAUAGCAGAUGAACGGGACAAAGUGCAAAAGAAAACAUUUACAAAAUGGAUAAAUCAGCAUCUCAUGAAGGUUCGAAAACAUGUGAAUGAUCUCUAUGAAGACUUAAGGGAUGGACACAAUUUGAUCUCUCUCUUAGAGGUUCUUUCUGGAGAUACCUUGCCAAGGGAGCGAGAUUUUUUGAAGACCUUACGAUUGGUGAGUUCAACAGAAGCAUGUGAAUAUGAACAGCAUGAGGAUGUGGAGGAUGAGGAUAAGGGGCCCAGAGAGAAAGGUCGGAUGCGUUUUCACAGAUUACAGAAUGUACAGAUUGCACUGGACUAUUUGAAAAGACGCCAGGUGAAAUUAGUGAAUAUUAGAAAUGAUGAUAUAACAGAUGGAAAUCCCAAAUUAACCUUGGGACUAAUCUGGACAAUAAUUUUGCACUUUCAGAUAUCUGAUAUCCAUGUUACUGGAGAGUCAGAAGAUAUGUCUGCAAAAGAGAAAUUGCUACUGUGGACACAGCAGGCAGCAGAGGGUUAUGCUGGAAUACGGUGUGAAAAUUUCACUACCUGCUGGAGAGAUGGAAAACUAUUUAAUGCCAUCAUCCAUAAAUACAGGCCGGACCUGAUAGACAUGAAUACUGUUGCUGUUCAAAGCAACCUUGCAAAUUUAGAGCAUGCUUUUUAUGUAGCAGAGAAAAUUGGUGUUAUAAGACUUCUGGACCCUGAAGAUGUCGAUGUCUCCUCCCCUGAUGAAAAAUCAGUUAUAACCUAUGUGUCAUCUCUUUAUGAUGCAUUUCCCAAAGUCCCUGAGGGUGAUGAAGGCAUCAGUGCAAAUGAUGUUGACAUCAAAUGGAUUGAAUACCAGAAUAUGGUGAACUACCUCAUCCAGUGGAUUAGACACCAUGUGGCCACAAUGUCUGAGAGAAAAUUUCCUAAUAAUCCUGUAGAACUAAAGGCACUUUAUGAUCAGUAUUUACAGUUUAAAGAAACAGAAAUCCCACCAAAGGAGACAGAAAAAUCAAAAAUUAAACGCCUCUAUAAAUUGUUAGAGAUUUGGAUAGAAUUUGGGCGCAUCAAACUCCUUCAAGGUUAUCAUCCAAAUGACAUAGAGAAAGAGUGGGGGAAACUCAUUAUCGCCAUGCUUGAGAGGGAGAAGGCACUUCGCCCUGAAGUAGAGAGGUUGGAAAUGCUCCAACAGAUUGCCAGCCGCGUCCAGAGGGACAGUGUCAUCUGUGAAGACAAACUGUUACUCUCCCGGAGUGCUCUCCAGUCUGAUUCCAAAAGACUAGAAUCAGGGCUGCAGUUUCAGAAUGAAGCAGAAAUUGCCGGGUACAUACUUGAAUGUGAGAAUCUUUUACGCCAGCAUGUUAUUGAUGUACAGAUUCUUAUUGAUGGAAAAUACUACCAGGCAGAUCAAUUGAUACAUAGGGUUGCAAAACUGCGUGAUGAGAUUUUGGCCUUAAGAAAUGAGUGUUCCUCCGUGUAUAGCAAAGGACGCAUGCUGACAACAGAACAGACGAAGCUCAUGAUAUCAGGAAUUUCUCAAAGUUUAAACUCAGGGUUUGCACAGACCUUAAACUCCACUCUGAACUCAGGGCUGCCCCAGAGUUUAACACCUUCCCUGACCUCUUCUAGUGUGACGUCUGGCCUGUCAUCAGGGAUGACUUCUUGCCUAACUCCAUCUGUCACUCCGGCUUAUACACCUGGUUUCCCAUCAUGUUCAAUUCCAAACUUUAGCUCAGGAGUAGAGCCAAAUUCGUUGCAGUCUCUAAAAUUCAUGCAGAUCCGAAAACCCCUUCUAAAGUCAUCUUUGCUGGCUCAGAAUUUAACAGAAGAGGAAGUCAACAUGAAAUUUGUUCAGGAUCUUUUGAAUUGGGUUGAUGAGAUGCAGGUGCAGCUGGAUCGGACUGAGUGGGGCUCAGAUUUACCAAGUGUUGAAAGCCAUUUAGAAAAUCAUAAAAAUGUUCACCGAGCUAUAGAAGAAUUUGAAUCUAGCUUUAAAGAAGCUAAAGUCAGUGAGAUUCAAAUGACAGCACCUUUUAAGCUAACUUACUCAGAAAAGCUGCACAGAUUAGAGAGCCAGUAUGCAAAACUCUUGAAUACAUCCAGGAAUCAAGAACGACACCUUGACACACUCCAUAAUUUUGUAACUCGUGCAACUGAUGAACUUAUUUGGUUGAAUGAAAAAGAAGAAGAGGAAGUUGCUUAUGACUGGAGUGAGAGAAAUACCCACAUAGCCCGGAAAAAAGAUUACCAUAUUGAAUUAAUGCGAGAACUUGAACAAAAGGAAGAAAAUAUUAAAUCAGUUCAGGAGAUAGCAGAGCAGCUUCUUCUAGAAAAUCAUCCAGCCCGUUUAACCAUUGAGGCCUACAAGGCAGCGAUGCAGACGCAGUGGAGCUGGAUCCUGCAGCUCUGCCAGUGUGUGGAACAGCACAUAAAGGAGAACACUGCAUAUUUUGAGUUUUUCAAUGAUGCCAAAGAAGCUACUGAUUACUUAAAGAAUCUGAAAGAUGCCAUUCAGCGGAAGUACAGCUGUGAUAGAUCAAGCAGCAUUCACAAGCUGGAAGACCUUGUUCAGGAAUCAAUGGAGGAGAAAGAAGAGCUUCUGCAGUACAAGAGCACAGUAGCAAGCCUGAUGGGGAGAGCCAAAACCAUAAUUCAGCUCAAGCCGAGGAAUCCUGACUGUCCACUCAAAACUUCUGUUCCCAUCCAAGCUAUAUGUGACUACAGACAAAUCGAGAUAACUAUUUACAAAGAUGAUGAAUGUGUUUUGGCAAACAACUCUCAUCGUGCUAAAUGGAAGGUCAUUAGUCCUACUGGGAAUGAGGCUAUGGUUCCGUCUGUGUGCUUCACUAUUCCUCCACCAAACAAAGAAGCAGUUGACUUCGCAAACAGAAUUGAGCAACAAUAUCAGAAUGUCCUAACUCUUUGGCAUGAAUCUCACAUAAACAUGAAGAGUGUAGUGUCCUGGCAUUAUCUCAUCAAUGAAAUUGAUAGAAUUCGAGCUAGCAACGUGGCUUCAAUAAAAACCAUGUUGCCUGGUGAGCACCAGCAGGUUCUGAGUAAUCUACAGUCCCGUUUUGAAGAUUUUCUGGAAGAUAGCCAGGAGUCCCAAAUAUUUUCUGGCUCAGAUAUAACACAACUGGAAAAAGAAGUUAGUGUAUGUAAGCAGUAUUAUCAAGAACUUUUGAAAUCUGCAGAAAGAGAGGAGCAAGAGGAAUCAGUUUAUAAUCUGUACAUCUCUGAAGUUAGAAACAUUAGACUUCGGUUAGAGAACUGUGAAGAUCGGCUGAUUAGACAGAUCCGAACUCCCUUGGAAAGAGAUGAUUUGCAUGAAAGUGCAUUCAGAAUCACAGAGCAGGAGAAACUAAGGAAAGAGCUGGAACGACUUAAAGAUGAUUUGGGAUCAAUCACAAAUAAGUGUGAAGAAUUCUUCAGUCAGGCCGCAGCUUCUCCAUCUGUGCCCACCCUACGAUCUGAGCUCAGUGUGGUCAUUCAGAACAUGAACCAAGUCUACUCCAAGUCUUGCACAUACAUAGAGAAGUUGAAAACGGUCAAUUUGGUAUUAAAAAACACUCAAGCUGCAGAAGCCCUUGUAAAACUCUAUGAAACCAAACUGUGUGAAGAAGAAGCAGUUAUAGCUGACAAGAAUAAUAUUGAGAACCUAAUAAGUACUUUAAAGCAAUGGCGAUCUGAAGUAGAUGAAAAGAGAGAGGUGUUCCAUGCUCUGGAGGAUGAGUUGCAGAAAGCAAAAGCCAUCAGUGAUGAAAUGUUUAAGACAUACAAAGAACGGGACCUUGAUUUUGACUGGCACAAAGAGAAGGCAGAUCAGUUAGUCGAAAGGUGGCAAAAUGUUCACGUGCAGAUCGACAACAGGUUACGAGACUUGGAGGGCAUCGGGAAAUGCCUAAAGUACUACAGAGACACCUAUCAUCCUUUAGAUGAUUGGAUCCAGCAGGUUGAAACUACGCAGAGAAAGAUUCAGGAGAAUCAGCCUGAAAAUAGCAAAACCUUAGCUACUCAGUUGAAUCAGCAGAAGAUGCUGGUAUCUGAAAUAGAGAUGAAACAGAACAAAAUGGAUGAAUGUCAAAAGUAUGCAGAACAGUACUCAGCUACAAUAAAGGACUAUGAAUUGCAAACUAUGACCUACUGGGCCAUGGUGGAUUCGCAGCAGAAAUCUCCAGUGAAACGCCGGAGAAUGCAGAGCUCAGCAGAUGUCAUUAUUCAAGAGUUCAUGGACCUUCGGACACGGUACACUGCUCUGGUCACACUCAUGACACAAUAUAUUAAAUUUGCUGGUGAUUCAUUAAAAAGACUGGAAGAGGAGGAGAAAUCACUGGAAGAAGAAAAGAAAGACCAUGUUGAAAAAGCCAAAGAAUUGCAGAAAUGGAUAUCAAAUAUCAGCAAGACACUGAGAGAUGAAGAGAAGGCUCGAAAGUCUCCCUUCUCUGAUCAAAAGAUUCCCUGUGAAGAAUUAUCAUCCAAGAAGGAACAGUUAUCUGAAGCACUUCAAACUAUGCAGCUUUUUCUGUCUAAACAUGGAGACAAAAUGACAGGAGAAGAAAGAAGGGAAUUGGAAGAACAAGGGAAAACUCUUCAAGAAGGGUAUAAUUUAUUAUUUAGUGAAUCUCUGAAACAACUGGAACAAUCACAAACCUCAGGAGAUUUAAAUGCAGAGGAGAAGCUGGAUAAAGUGAUUGCAGGCACCAUUGAUCAGGCAACUGGAGAAGUCCUUUCAGUCUUUCAGGCAGUUUUAAGAGGCCUCAUUGACUAUGACACAGGAAUCAGGUUGCUUGAGACACAGUUGCUGAUUUCUGGUCUAAUUUCACCAGAAUUAAGAAAAUGUUUUGACCUCAAAGGUGCCAAAAUUCAUGGCCUUAUUGAUGAACAAAUUCUGUGCCAACUCAAAGAACUAAAUAACGCUAAGGAGAUUAUUUCUGCUUCAUCAUCUAGCAAAAUUCCUGUACUAGAUGCUUUGGCUCAAGGCAUGAUAUCAGAGUCCAUGGCCAUUAAAGUUCUUGAGAUCCUGUUUUCCACUGGAUUUCUGGUCAUCCCAUCCACUGGAGAACACUUGACUCUGCAGAAGGCUUUCCAGCAGAACUUGGUUUCCUCAGCAUUAUUUUCCAAAGUCCUGGAAAGGCAAAAUACGUGCAAAGAUCUUAUUGAUCCCUGCACCUCUGAGAAGGUGUCUUUAAUAGAUAUGGUACAAAGAAGUAUUUUUCAAGAAAAUACUGGAAUGUGGCUUCUCCCUGUGAGACCGCAAGAAGGGGGUAGAAUAACAUUAAAAUGUGGAAGAAGCAUAAGCAUUCUAAGAGCAGCUCACGAGGGUCUGAUAGACCGUGAGACCAUGUUUCGGUUAUUAGGUGCUCAGCUUCUGUCUGGCGGUCUGAUCGAGUGUGCCUCUGGCCAGAAGUUGACUGUUGAAGAAGCGUUGGCAGAGGGCGUGAUUGAUGGAAAUACUGCUCACAGUAUUCUCACCUACCAGGUUCAGACGGGUGGCAUCAUCUGCUCCAACCCAGCUAAGCGCUUGACUGUGGAUGAAGCAGUGCAGUGUGACUUAAUCACUUCCAGCAGUGCUCUCUUGGUCCUGGAGGCUCAGCGAGGCUAUGUUGGCCUUAUUUGGCCCCACUCUGGUGAAAUAUUCCCCACAUCUUCUUCCUUGCAGCAAGAGUUAAUUACAAAUGAAUUGGCUUACAAAAUUCUGAAUGGCAGGCAGAAAAUAGCAGCUCUCUAUAUUCCAGAAAGUUCUAAAGUCAUUGGUUUGGAUGUUGCUGAGCAGCUGGGAGUUAUAGAUAACAAUACAGCAUCGAUUUUAAAAAAUAUAGUACUGCCAGAUAAAAUGCCAGAUAUAGGAGAUUUAGAAACUUGUAAAAAUGCCAGAAGAUGGCUCUCUUUUUGUAAAUUUCAACCAUCUACAGUUCAUGAUUACAGGGAAGAAGACAAUGUUUUUGAUGGAGAAGAGCCAGUGGCAACUCGGAACUCAGAACAGACUAAGAAAUUAUUUCUAUCUUAUUUGAUGGUUAAUAGCUAUAUGGAUGCAAACACAGGACAGAGGCUUUUGCUAUACGAUGGAGACUUGGAGGAGGCUGUUGGUAUGCUCCUAGAAGGCUGCGGUGCUGAAUUUGGUGAAGACACACCCAUGAAAGACAGCCUUGAUGUCUUAGGUUUCCCUGGUCUAUAUCUUAAUCUUGCUUUGGGUAAAGAAAAGAAUGAAUGUACAGCUUCACCGACAGGGUCAGGUAAAUGUCAUUCCAGAGAACCUGGACAUAGAGAGACUCCUAAAAAUCAAAAGGGUGCCAUAGAUGAAAAGUUUGAUGAAGUAGGAAGGAAUGCUAUCAGUAGCAAAUUUUGUCAGUCAGAAAACAUGGCAAAUAUAGCAACUGAUCAGGAAGUUAACACUUCACUUAGCAUGUGCAUUCCCAACCCUGUGUCAUUUGUAAAACAGACUGAACCUACAGAAUGUAGCAUGCUUAGACAUGAUUCUGAAAAUAUGUUUAAAAAUUGUGAAAAUCAAAGUCAAAAUUUUGCAAAUGAUUUGAUAACAAGUCCUGUUAUGAAAUCAAAAACCGGUAAACUCUGUGAUGUGAGUGAAACCAGGAAUGAGGAUAACUUAAACCAGGAUUCAUCCUUCUUUGACUAUUCCCCCAGGCUAAGUACCUUAUUAAGUCAUGAUAAAUUGAGGCAUAAUCAAAAAAGUUUUAAUGAUGUGCACACCACAGAGAGCAGUGGAAAUCAGUGUGAAGCCUCCUUAUCAUUCAGCGACCAAAGCAUGUUAUCAGAUCAAAGAAUGGGAGAAAGUUUUCAAGACCAGUUUCUUGGAAUUGCAGCUAUUAACAUCACUUUACAAGGAGAACAAGGUGAACAGAAAUCUUUAAAUAUUGCUUGUCGUAAUCCUCAAGUACAAUAUCCCAGUGAUAAAUACGUGUCCGAUACUGUUGAUGAGAAUGAACACAUGCAUACUGCUUCUCAGCAGAAACCUACCGGCAAGAAAAAGGAAUCUGAAAUGGAAGAGUUACUCCAUGUGAUGAACCUAGGGUGCAGUACCGACGAUGCCAGUGCAUCUCAUAUCUGUGGUACACCUGUGCGUGAAGAAACCAUCAGUGCUGGUGACUAUGAAACGUCACUGCUGGAUGGUCAGCAGAGUGAUGCAGGAGCAGACACCGAUAGUGAUGACGAUUUUUAUGAUAGCCCCUGGUUUGAAGAUGACGACCAUGAUUCUCUUCUUCUCGACGGUGAUAACCGAGAUUGUCUUCAGCCUGAGGACUGUGACACACUGCAAGAGGAAAAUGAUGGGAUGGUUCUUCCUAUUGAUGUUUUUUAUGAUAUUUCAAAGGAGAAUGAAAGCUCUCUGGUUCCCCAGGGAGAACCAGCUGGCAGUGUAAAUAUAAGGGACAGAGCACAGUAUCUUCAAGAUUUUCUCAAAGGUAUUGGGAAAGUUGAAUUAGAUUCUGGUGACAGAAAACAUUUAAGUUCGUUUGUCUCAGACAACGUGAAUGAAUGGUCAGUGGAAAUGUUAUCAGAAAGGGAACACACAGAUUACCUUGAAGGUGGUGAGUCUGACUCAUUGACUGAUUGUGAAGUUGUAGGAAGUAAAGGGAGCUAUGGUGACUCAUUAGAAUUUGAUGACACUGGCAGUUGGAGAAGAAAAGAGUAUGUAAUUGGCCAAUCUGAUACUGACCAUUUUGAUUCUGUGCAAAGUGAACAAAGUUAUGGGGAUUAUACAUAUGACAGUAAUGAUCAAGAUGAUGAUGAUGACUAUGAUGUUGAUGGUGAUGAUGAAGAAGGAGGAGUGGGAGAUGAGAAUGGAAAAUCCAUGUGCCAAGAGAAAGCUGAAAGCAACCAGUUAUGUCCCAUGGCCGUAAAGCAAAAUAGUGAUGAAAAUCUAAGUAUUAAAAUGCGUCUCCUGGAUAAAAUGUGCAGUUCUUUAGAAACACAGCAAAGUGUAAGCAUUUUGCAAUUGGAAUCAACUAGUGAGAGCAGUUUAGUUACCGAAGGAAACCUUCAGGAACACACAACUGGGGUUGUUGGAAAAAGGAAAGAAAAUCUGCUGAGUCAUGAGGUAGUACUUACAGAUACAUUGCUGCCCAUCACUAAAGACACUGAAUCGGGAAAAAUCUUUGGUCCUGAAGGUAUUUUACAUAACAGUAUCAGUUCACCUUCUGAGUUAGAGAGUGUUUUAAUGAACACAAAUAUCAAGGUGACUAAAGUGCCAGAAUCUGUCUUUCUCGAGAAUGUGACUGCCAGAAUUAACCCAUCUUUUGAUAAAAUAAUUUGUUCUCAGCCUGAGUUAAUUGGGAAACCUAAGGAAAGCAAGUUGUCAUUCACAACUUUUGUAACUGGCAGAGAUCACCAAGGAAAUGGGAGAGAUCUAGGUAAAGGGAAAGAUGACAAAAUAAAUAUACCAAUGGAAGGUGCUGUGUCAGCGCAGAAAACACACUUAGGUAAAGAAGUAUUUACAGAAGGGCCAGAAGAAGAGGAAAAUGAGUAUCUCAAACUUUCACUUAAUAAAAGUGUAGGAGGGAGCCUCAAUUUAGUUAAAAGUCAGUAUCCAUUUCCACAAAUCACGAACAGUGAAGACCUUGGUCAGAAAGGAAGCCUUCAGAGGGUAACUGGAACUCUUAAAGAGGAAACAAAAAAUGUACAAACAGUGGUUAGUAAAAGCCCUGUUCAAUUUGAAGAUCUUGGAGAAAUAUUUGACACACCAGUUCCCAAGGUGAUCAGUUAUGACACUCCUUCAGGUGUUGUAUUGUCUGAAGGGAGUACCAUUGUUGAGAAAGAUUCAUUCACUGAUGGGCCUGAGAACGAGCUUGAUCUGCUUACUUUCCUAAAACAUGGUGCUAAAAAUACAAAAGUAAAAGAUGUGCUGAAACCAAGUGAAGACACCUGUAGCCAUGUUUUAAUAGCUGACUCGCCCAGGAGAGAUUUACAAUUAGGAGUUAACAAUACAAAAGAGAAUUUGACUCCUACUCAAGAAGACUGGCCUCUAAAUAAAAAGCUCCACCACACUGAUCUUAUUACUAAAGAAAAUGUCUCAGAAGGAGGAAGAGAAAUUCCUCACUUUACAUCAGAAAACAGUGAAGUCAUACUUCCAGUCUUGACCCUUAAAAAUGUGGAAGACCUUGAGGAAAAUACUGAUUGUAGUCAGUCCGAGAUCUGUAUAAAUGAAAUAAGGAAUGAUAACUCCAGUAAUACUUUAGAUACUGACUACUUAUUCUUAAAAAUUAACAAUAAGAACGAUGGAAUUGAGAAACAGCCACCAAGAGAACAAACUUUGUCUCUAGAAUACCACGAAAAGGUGAGACAGAUUACUGGAUUAUCUCAAGUAUUUGUGGAAAAUGUAAAGGAUGUCUUAAAAAGCCAGUUGAAAAGUACAAUGAAUCUUCAAGAGGUGGAUGACGCUUCAACUUGUGCAGACCCUGAAGCUUUAAUUCAAAUCUUAAUUAAAAAGAUUAGCUCAUUACAGUUGGUAAAUGAAAUAUCUCGUGUGCCCAGCAACUCUAAAAUCAGUGACUACCCUGGAGUCUCCCCCAUAAAUAAUUCAUCAGAACUAAAGGCAGAGAGUAGAGACGAUCCUUUCUAUAUUGCAAAUGUUAAUUCUGAACUUCUUGAUAUACUGAAGCAAAAUCAAUAUAGCCCGAAAAUUACAGGCGUGUUUGAGUUAUUGAGAGAGUUAACUCAGAUGGAGUAUGAUCCGGAGCAAAGUGAUAUUUCAUCUAAUGUACAACUUGAAAAUGCUUUUGAUAAGCUGCUUGCUGAUGGAUAUUCAGAAAAAGGAGAACAAAUGAGAACAAACUUGAGUCAAAAAGCAUGUACCCCUUCUGAGAUAGAGGAAGAAAAGCCACGCUUUUUUGGUGAUCUUAAAAGCAAGGAAGAAAACCACUGUUCCCCUAAUUCACAAACUAUAAAGGAAAUGCGACUAGAAAGGUCUGUUGUGUAUGCAGCAUCAUUACCAAGAAAUGAGAGGCUUGAAGACCUAUGCAGUGAUUUCCCAAACCAUUUGGGUUGUACUGCUGAAUUAAAAGAAAUUACUUCUGGAGAUAGCUCAAUGGAAAAAUUUUCCAAUGAAUUGCAGCAAUGUUUACAGCACACUGAAAAAAUGCAUGAGUAUUUAGCUUUGCUUCAAGAUAUGAAGCCUCCUUUAGACAACCAAGAGUCUGUGGAUAACAAUCUAGAAGCUUUGAAGAAUCAACUUAAACAGUUAGAGAUGUUUCAGUUGAGACUAUCUCCAGUUGCUGUGAUUUUAAGAAAGAGUAUGAAAUCGGCAGAAGACUUCUUAAAGUCUCUUCCUAGUGACUUUCCCAGAAAAUAUCUCGAGGAAUUGAGUCUAAGCCAUCAAAGUUUGCAGACUGCCUUUUCAUCCCUGAGCAAUGUGUCUUCAGAAAGAAUAAAACAGAUCAUACUUGCAAUUGACUCUGAAAUGUCCAAGCUAGAAGUUUCCUAUGAAGAAUUUCUGCAUAAAAUUAAGUCAUUUUCAGAAUGGAUAUCAGAGAGGAGCAGAUCUGUGACAUAUAUUGAGACUGUGAAGAUUGAAGAUACUAAACGUGUAAAGAAAACUUUGGAGUUUCUUAAGACUAUGUUAAGAGACCUUGGGCAUACCAAAAUGCAGCUGGAGACUACUGCCUUUGAAGUGCAGUUCUUCAUUUCUGAAUAUGCUCAAGAUCUGUCUCCCAACCAAAGCAGACAACUGCUGAGGCUCUUAAAUGCAACUCAGAAGUGUUUUCUUGAUGUGCAGGCAUCAGUAACUGUGCUGGUGGAACAUUUAGAGAUGCAGUUACAGCUAGAACAAGAUCUUGAUGAUCAGAAGACCAUGGCAGAGCGUCAGCAGGAGUACAGAGAGAAGCUCCAAGGGAUAUGUGAUCAUCUCACUCAAACUGAAAACCGCCUCAUCGGUCACCAGGAAGCCUUUGUGAUUGGAGAUGGCACAGUUGAGUUAAAGAAGUACAAGUCUGAGCAAGAGGAAUUCCAGAGAGAUAUGCAAAGAAAUGCACAAGCAUUGACAGAAAUAGUAAAAAAUACAGAGAACUUCCUAAAAGAGAAUGAUGAAAAGCUAUCACAAGAAGAUAAGGCUUUGAUGGAACAAAAACUUAGUGAAGCAAAGAUAAAGUAUGAGCAGCUUAAUUUGAAGGCAGAACAGUCGAAGAAGGAUCUGGAUAAAGUUGUGAAGACAGCAAUCAAGGAAGAAGCGGAAAAGGUUGCAGCUGUGAAGCAGCUGGAAGAGAGCAAAACCAAAAUUGAAAACCUUUUGGACUGGUUGUCGAACAUGGACGAAAUCUCAGAAAGGGCAGGGAUAAACAAACAGGUUGUUGAACAGAAUGGGACCCAUUUUGAUGAAGGUGAUGGCAAGGCAGUGAUUGGAGAAGAGGAUGAAGUUAACGGUAACCUGCUGGCAGCUGCUGUUGGUGCGCGCCUGAGGACCCCUGAGGAGAAUCUGAACCAGCAGUAUCAGAAGAUUAAGGCCCAACAUGAAGAGAUCAUCUCUCAGCACCAGGCGGUCAUCAUAGCCACGCAGUCUGCAGAAACAUUGCUUGAGAAACAGGGCCACUAUCUCUCUCCUGAGGAAAAAGAGAAACUGCAGAAAAACAUGAAGGAGCUGAAAGCAUAUUAUGAAAGCACACUGUCUGAGUCAGAGAAGAAAAUGAAGUUAACCCACUCCCUGCAGGAAGAAUUAGAAAAGUUUGAUGCUGAUUAUGGCGAGUUUCAGCACUGGCUACAGCAGUCAGAACAAGAACUUGAAAACUUGGAGGCGGGUGUGGACGAUUUCAGUGGCUUAUUGACCAAGCUGAACAGGCAGAAGAGUUUCUCAGAAGAUGUUAUUUCUCACAAAGGUGACUUGAGGUUCAUUACCAUUUCUGGAAACAGGGUCUUAGAGGCUGCCAAAUCUUGCAGUAAGAGAGAUGACAGCAAGGUUGACAAGGAUAAUGUUGACACUUCUGCAACCCACAAAGAAGUGCAGAGCAAGCUAGAUCAUGCUACGGAUCGGUUUAGGUCUCUCUACUUCAAGUGUAAUGUCCUUGGGAAUAAUCUUAAAGACUUGGUGGAUAAAUACCAACACUACGAGGAUGUUUCCUGUGGACUUUUGUCUGCACUCCAGGCUUCGGAGGCCCUGGCCAACAAACACUUAUUUGAACCUGUUGCUGUGGACCCCCAAAAUCUGCAGAGGCAGUUAGAAGAGACCAAGGCUCUCCAAGGACAGAUAUCAAGUCAGCAGGUUGCCGUGGAGAAACUGAAAAAAGGAGUUGAAGUGCUUUUAGAUGCCAGGGGAUCCUUACUUCCAGCCAAGAAUGAUAUCCAGAAAACACUGGAUGACAUUGUUGGGAGAUACGAUGAUCUGUCCAAGUCUGUUCAUGAGCGGAAUGAAAAACUCCAGAUAACCCUGACCCGCUCCCUGAGUGUGCAGGACGGCCUGGAUGAGAUGCUGGACUGGAUGAGAAGUGUGGAGAGCUCCCUGAAGGAACAGGGUCAGGUGCCCUUGAACUCUGCUGCGCUUCAGGAUCUCAUCCGCAAAAAUAUUAUGUUGGAACAGGAUAUUGCAGGUCGUCAAAGUAGUAUAAAUGCCAUGAAUGAAAAAGUGAAGACAUUUAUGGAAACAACAGACCCAUCCACUGCUUCCUCACUGCAGGCUAAAAUGAAGGACCUGUCUCUUCGGUUUUCGGAAGCCAGUCAGAAACACAAAGAAAAACUUGCCAAAAUGGAGGAGCUGCAAACCAAAGUAGAAAUGUUUGAAAGCCUCUCAGAAAAGCUCCAGGCGUUUUUAGAAACAAAAACUCAGGCUCUUGCUGAGGUUGAUGUGCCAGGAAAAGAUGUCACUGAAUUGUCUCAGUAUUUGCAGGAAUCAACUUUUGAAUUCUUAGAGCACAAGAAAGAUCUUGAAGCUUUACAUAAUCUCUUGACGGAGAUAUCUAGCCAUGGCUUACCAGGUGAUAAAGCUCUGGUUUUUGAGAAAACAAAUAAUUUGUCUAAGAAAUUCAAAGAAAUGGAGGAUACCAUCAAAGAAAAAAAAGAAGCUGCAACUUCUUGUCAGGAACAACUGGAAGUGUUCCAAGUCCUUGUUAAAUCACUAAAGUCAUGGAUAAAAGAAACAGCAGAGCAGGUCCCCAUUUUGCAGCCCUCCUUUGGUGCAGAAGAUUUAGGAAAAUCUCUGGAACUAACAAAGAAAUUACAAGAAAAGUGGAGUUUAAAAACACCAGAGAUUCAGAAAGUAAACAACAAUGGCAUCUCACUGUGUAACAUCAUAAGUGCUGUGACCACCCCUGCGAAGGCAAUAGCAGCAGUUAAAUCAGGUGGAAUAACAUUAAAUGGUGAAGGAACAGACACAAAUACACAGGAUUUUUUGACAAGCAGAGGUUUAACAUCCAUUAAGAAGGACAUGACUGACAUAAGUCAUGGUUAUGAAGAUCUCGGCCUCUUACUCAAGGACAAAGUAGCUGAACUGAAUACCAAACUCUUCAAAUUGCAGAAGGCUCAGGAAGAAUCAAGUGCAAUGAUGCAGUGGUUACAGAAAAUGAACAAGACCGCGGCAGAAUGGCAUCAGACACCAACACCUGCUGAUACUGAAGCUGUGAGGACUCAAGUUGAGCAGAAUAAGUCAUUUGAGGCAGAACUGAAGCAAAAUGUAAACAAAGUACAGGAGUUGAAGGACAAGCUGACAGAGCUGUUGGAGGAGAACCCAGAUAUUCCUGAGGUCCCCAAAUGGAAACAGAUAUUGACAGAAAUAGAUUCUAAGUGGCAAGAACUCAACCAGUUAACAGUUGACAGACAACAGAAACUGGAAGAAUCCUCCAAUAAUCUAACCCAGUUCCAGACUGUAGAAGCUCAGUUAAAACAGUGGCUUGUGGAAAAAGAACUGAUGGUUAGUGUUCUCGGGCCUCUGUCCGUUGACCCGAAUAUGCUGAACACACAAAGGCAACAGGUGCAGAUUCUGCUGCAAGAAUUUGACACCCGGAAACCUCAGUAUGAACAGCUCAGGGCAGCCAGCCAUGGCAUUUUGAGCAGACCUGGAGAAGACCCUUCUCUGCACGGGGUUGUGAAAGAGCAACUGGCAGCUGUGACCCAGAAGUGGGAUGGCCUCACAGGACAACUGAAUGACAGAUGUAGCUGGAUUGACCAAGCUAUUGUCAAAAGCACACAGUAUCAGAGCUUGCUGAGAAGCCUUUCUGGUAAACUGAGUGAACUGGAAAGUAAACUCAGCAGCAGCCUGGCUGUGAGCACACUCCCUGGUGCUGUGAACCAGCAGUUGGAAACAGCCCAGAAACUGAAACAGGAAACAGAGCAGGAAGUACAGCAGCUAAAAGUGGCCCAGGUGCUCUGUGAGGACCUGUCAGCGCUGGUGAAAGAGGACUACCUGAAAGCAGAACUCAGUAGGCAGCUGGACAGCAUCUUAAAAUCAUUUAAGGAUAUCGAACAGAAAGCAGAAAAUCUUGUCCAGCACCUUCAGGCAGCCUGUGCAAGCUCACAUCAAUUUCAGCAAAUGUCUAGAGAUUUUCAGACUUGGCUAGAUGCAAAGAAAGAAGAACAAAAGAAAUCUCAUCCAAUAUCAGCUAAACUUGAAGUCUUGGAAUCAUUAAUUAAAGAGCAGAAAAACUUUAGUAAAACUUUGGCUGCCCAGUCCAAUAUUUAUGAAAAAGCCAUUGUAGAAGGUGAAAAUCUGUUAUUGAAAACACAAGGGUCUGAGAAAUCCGCCUUACAGUUACAGCUUAACAUGAUUAAAAACAACUGGGAUGGAUUUAAUAAGCAGGUGAAAGAAAGAGAAGACAAAUUAAAAGACACUUUGGAAAAAGCCCUCAAGUACAAAGAAUGUGUAGAGACCCUCUGUCCAUGGAUAGAUAAAUGUCAGAACAACCUGGAGGUAUUGAAGUUUUGUGUGGAUCCUGCUGAAACACAGAAUUCUAUUUCCCAGUUGAAGUCUCUGCAGAAGGAAAUGGACCAACACUUUGGUAUGGUAGAACUGCUGAACAAUACAGCCAAUAGCCUACUCAGUGUUUGUGAGGUAGAUAAAGAGGUAGUUACAGAUGAGAAUAAAGCACUGAUCCAGAAGGUGGAUAUGGUCACUGAACAACUUCACAGUAAGAAAUUCUUUCUGGAGAACAUGGCCCAGAAGUUUAAAGAAUUUCAAGAAGUCUCUAAAGAAGUCAACAGGCAGCUUCAGUGUGCAAAGGAGCAGCUGGAUGUCCAUGAUUCUCUGGGGCCCCAGGCUUACAGUAACAAAUGCCUGACCAUGUUGCAGACUCAACAGAAGGCCCUACAGACCUUGAAUCUCGAGGUAGAUUUGGCUAAGAGAAUUGCUCAGGAUCUAGUGGUAGAAGCCUCAGACUCGAAAGGAACCUCUGACAUUUUAUUACAAGCAGAAACCUUAGCUAAAGAGCAUAGUACACUGAGUCAGCAGAUUGAUGAAAAGUGCUCAUUCUUAGAAACCAAGCUUCAGGGCAUUGGACAUUUCCAGAAUACCAUCCGAGAAAUGUUUUCUCAGUUCACAGAGUUUGAUGACGAACUGGAUAGCAUGUCUCCAGUGGGGAGGGAUGUAGAAACACUGCAAAAACAAAAGGAGGCUAUAAAAACCUUUCUGAAGAAACUAGAAGCCCUCAUGGCAAGCAUUGACAAUGCCAAUAAAACCUGCAAGGUGAUGCUGGCCACAGAAGAAGCUUCUCCUGACCUUGUGGGAAUCAAAAGAGACUUGGAAGCCUUAAGCAAACAGUGUAACAAGUUACUGGAUCGAGCACAUGAUAGAGAAGAGCAGGUUGGAGGAAUGCUUGAGCGUCUUAAAGAAUUCUACAGCAAAUUUAAAGACUUUUCUACUCUGCUCCAAAAGGCUGAGGAGCACGAAGAGUCACAAGGUCCUGUUGGGAUGGAGAUAGAGACCAUUAAUCAGCAGCUUGCUGUAUUCAAGGUUUUUCAAAAGGAAGAGAUUGAACCUUUGCAGGUUAAACAGCAAGAUGUCAAUUGGUUGGGUCAAGGGCUUAUUCACAGUGCUGCUAAAAACACCAGCACUCAGGCUUUGGAGCAUGACCUGGAAGAUGUCAGUGCACGGUGGAAAACUCUCAAUAAGAAGGUGGCUCAGCGAGCAGCCCAGCUACAGGAGGCCCUGCUGCACUGUGGGAGGUUCCAGGAUGCCUUGGAUUCCCUGCUCAGCUGGAUGGUGGACACUGAAGAGCUUGUGGCCAAUCAGAAGCCUCCAUCAGCUGAGUUCAAAGUGGUGAAGGCCCAGAUACAAGAACAAAAGCUUCUGCAAAGAUUGCUGGAUGACCGCAAAUCUACUGUGGAAGUAAUCAAACGAGAAGGAGAAAAAAUCGCUACAACAGCAGAACCUGCAGACAAAGUGAAGAUUUUGAAGCAGCUGAGUAUUUUGGACAGUAGAUGGGAGACACUGCUCAAUAAAGCUGAAAUGAGGAACCGUCAGUUGGAAGGUAUCUCAGUGGUAGCACAGCAAUUUCAUGAAACCUUAGAACCACUGAAUGAGUGGCUCACCACCGUAGAAAAGAGGCUGGCAAAUUGUGAACCCAUAGGAACCCAAGCAUCUAAACUUGAGGAACAGAUUGCUCAGCACAAAGCCCUAGAAGAUGACAUCAUCAGUCACAGUAAACACUUACACCAGGCUGUUAGCAUUGGCCAGUCCUUAAAGGUUUUGAGCUCCAGGGAGGAUAAAGAUGUGGUGCAGAAUAAAUUAAAUUGCUCUCAAGUGUGGUACAUUGAGAUUCAAGAGAAAAGUCUCAGCAGGUCUGAGCUCCUCCAGCAGGCCCUGUGUAAUACUAAGAUAUUUGGGGAAGAUGAAGUUGAGCUGAUGACCUGGCUGAAUGAAGUGCAUGACAAACUGAGCAAGCUCUCAGUCCAGGAUUACAGCCCUGAGGGGCUCUGGGAGCAGCAGGCUGAACUGCGGGUUCUACAAGAGGACAUCCUACUCAGAAAACAAAAUGUAGAUCAGGCAUUACUCAAUGGCUUAGAACUUCUAAAACAAACCACAGGUGAUGAAGUUUUAAUAAUUCAAGAUAAGUUGGAAGCCAUUAAAGCAAGGUACAAAGACAUUACCAAACUGAGCACUGACAUCGCCAAGACUCUGGAGCAGGUGCUGCAGCUCUCAAGGCGGCUGCACUCCACGCAUGAGGAGCUGUGUACCUGGCUGGACAAAGUGGAGGUGGAAUUACUCUCGUACGAGACUCAAGUUCUGAAAGGAGAAGCGGCAAGCCGAGCGUACAGGAGACAAAAAGAGCUGAAAGGGGAAGCUAAGCAGAACAAAGCCUUAUUGGAUUCCCUUAAUGAAGUGAGCAGUGCUUUGCUGGAACUGGUGCCAUGGAGGGCCCGAGAAGGACUGGGGAAAAUGGUGGCUGAGGACAACGAGCGCUGCCGAUUAGUGAGCGACACCCUCGCUCGGAAGGUGGAGGAGGUUGAGGCUGCCAUUCUGAGAUCACAGCAGUUUGACCAAGCUGCUGAUGCUGAGUUAUCCUGGAUUACUGAAACAGAAAAGAAAUUGAUGUCUCUGGGUGACAUCAGGCUUGAGCAAGACCAGACUUCCGCUCAGCUACAGGUUCAAAAGACAUUCACCAUGGAGAUUUUGAGACACAAGGAUAUUAUUGAUGAACUUGUUAAAUCGGGGGAUAAAAUCAUGCCCACACUGAGUGAAGAGGAAAAGCAAUCAAUGAAGAACAAACUGGACAAGGUAUUGAAAAACUAUGAUGCCAUCUGCCAGAUAAACUCAGAGAGGUAUCUGCAGCUAGAGCGGGCACAGUCCCUCGUUAGCCAGUUCUGGGAGACGUAUGAAGAACUCUGGCCAUGGCUGACAGAAACACAGAGAAUCAUCUCUCAGCUUCCUGCUCCAGCCCUCGAGUAUGAAACUCUAAGACAGCAGCAAGAAGAACAUCGGCAACUGAGAGAGUUGAUUGCUGAACAUAAGCCACACAUAGAUAAGAUGAACAAGACUGGGCCACAGUUACUGGAAUUGAGCCCAGGGGAAGGCUAUUCUAUUCAAGAGAAGUAUGUGGCAGCUGACGCCCUUUAUAGUCAAAUUAAAGAAGAUGUCAAAAAGCGUGCCGUGGCACUGGAUGAAGCCAUGUCUCAGUCAACUCAGUUCCACGACAAGAUUGACCAGGUCCGUGAGAGCCUGGAGCGUGUUGUGGAGCGUCUUAGGCAGCCGCCUUCCAUCUCGGCUGAGGUUGAGAAGAUCAAGGAGCAGAUCAGUGAAAAUAAGAACACAUCAGUGGACGUGGAAAAGCUGCAGCCAUUGUAUGAAACUCUUAAGUUGAGGGGAGAAGAGAUGAUUGCCAGAUCUGGGGGCACUGAUAAAGAUGUAUCUGCCAAAGCUAUUCAGAAUAAGCUUGACCAAAUGGUUUUCAUUUGGGAGAACAUACACACACUAGUGGAAGAAAGAGAAGCCAAACUCUUGGAUGUAAUGGAACUAGCAGAAAAGUUCUGGUGUGAUCACAUGUCACUGGUGGUUACCACUAAAGAUACUCAAGAUCUAAUUCGUGACCUGGAAGAUCCUGGAAUUGAUCCCUCAGUAGUAAAACAGCAGCAAGAAGCAGCAGAGGCUAUAAGGGAAGAAAUAGAUGGACUGCAGGAAGAGCUGGACAUGGUCAUUACCCUGGGAUCAGAACUCAUUGCUGCAUGUGGAGAACCCGAUAAGCCCAUUGUCAGGAAGAGCAUAGAUGAGUUAAAUUCAGCGUGGGAUUCUCUAAACAAAGCUUGGAAAGAUCGGAUUGACAGACUGGAGGAGGCCAUGCAGGCUGCGGUUCAGUACCAGGAUGGACUGCAGGCAGUAUUUGACUGGGUGGAUAUUGCAGGUGGUAAAUUAGCUUCAAUGUCUCCAAUCGGAACAGAUCUUGAAACUGUGAAGCAGCAGAUUGAAGAGCUAAAGCAAUUUAAGUCAGAGACUUAUCAACAACAGAUAGAAAUGGAAAGGCUGAACCAUCAAGCAGAACUUUUGCUGAAGAAAGUAACAGAGGAGAGCGACAAACACACAGUUCAAGACCCGUUAAUGGAACUGAAAUUGAUAUGGGACAGCCUGGAUGAGAGAAUUAUCAACCGACAGCACAAGCUGGAGGGUGCUCUGCUGGCCCUGGGUCAGUUUCAGCAUGCUCUGGAUGAGCUCUUGGCAUGGCUGACACACACUGAGGGCUUGCUAAAUGAACAGAAGCCUGUUGGUGGUGACCCGAAAGCCAUUGAAAUUGAACUUGCCAAACAUCACGUGCUCCAAAAUGAUGUAUUAGCGCAUCAGUCCACAGUGGAAGCUGUCAAUAAAGCAGGAAAUGAUCUAAUUGAAUCAAGUGCAGGAGAAGAAGCAAGCAACCUUCAGCACAAGCUCGAGGUUUUAAAUCAACGCUGGCAAAAUGUUUUGGAAAAAACAGAACAAAGGAAGCAGCAGCUGGAUGGUGCCUUGCACCAGGCCAAAGGCUUCCAUGGCGAGAUUGAGGAUUUGCAGCAGUGGCUGACUGACACAGAGCGUCACCUGUUGGCGUCUAAGCCUCUGGGAGGUUUGCCGGAAACGGCCAAAGAGCAGCUUAAUGCCCACAUGGAAGUUUGUGCUGCCUUUGAUGUUAAAGAAGAAACUUAUAGGAGCCUGAUGCAGAAAGGCCAACAGAUGCUUGCAUCAUGCCCCCAAACUGCAGAGACAAAUGUUGAUCAAGACAUAAAUAACUUGAAAGAAAAAUGGGAAUCAGUGGGAACGAAACUCAACGAAAGGAAAGCUAAACUGGAAGAGGCUCUCAGCUUGGCAGUGCAGUUUCACGACUCCCUCCAGGACUUCAUCAGCUGGCUCACUCAAGCAGAGCAAACCCUGAAUGUGGCUUCCCGACCAAGUCUCAUCUUGGACACGGUCUUGUUUCAAAUUGAUGAGCAUAAGGUCUUUGCCAAUGAAGUAAAUUCUCACCGUGAGCAGAUAAUAGACCUGGACAAAACUGGAACUCACCUGAAGUAUUUCAGUCAGAAACAAGAUGUUGUCCUAAUUAAGAACCUACUUAUCAGUGUACAAAAUCGGUGGGAAAAAGUAGUUCAACGACUAGUAGAAAGGGGAAGAUCCUUGGAUGAUGCAAGGAAGAGAGCCAAGCAGUUCCAUGAAGCAUGGAGUAAACUUAUGGAGUGGCUAGAAGAGUCAGAAAAGUCGUUGGAUUCUGACCUGGAAAUUGCCAAUGAUCCAGACAAAAUAAAAACACAGCUUGCACAGCAUAAGGAGUUUCAGAAAUCACUCGGAGCCAAGCACUCUGUCUACGAUACCACCAACCGAACUGGACGUUCUCUAAAGGACAAAACCUCCUUGGCUGAUGACAGCCUGAAGCUGGACAACAUGCUAAGUGAACUUAGAGACAAGUGGGACACUAUAUGUGGAAAGUCUGUGGAGAGACAAAACAAAUUGGAGGAAGCACUGUUAUUCUCUGGACAAUUCACAGAUGCCCUGCAGGCCCUCAUUGAUUGGUUGUAUAGAGUUGAACCGCAGCUGGCAGAAGAUCAGCCUGUCCACGGUGACGUUGAUUUGGUGAUGAAUUUGAUUGAUAAUCACAAGGUCUUCCAAAAAGAGCUGGGGAAGAGGACCAGCAGUGUACAGGCCCUAAAGCGCUCUGCCCGGGAGCUUAUAGAAGGCAGCCGGGAUGACUCUUCCUGGGUCAAGGUCCAGAUGCAGGAGCUGAGCACACGCUGGGAGACAGUGUGUGCACUUUCUGUAUCAAAGCAGACUCGGCUGGAAGCAGCCCUGCGUCAGGCAGAAGAGUUCCAUUCAGUGGUACAUGCCCUCUUGGAGUGGCUGGCCGAGGCAGAGCAAACCCUGCGUUUCCAUGGUGUUCUCCCAGAUGAUGAGGAUGCUCUCCGAACUCUCAUUGACCAGCACAAAGAAUUCAUGAAGAAACUGGAAGAAAAAAGAACAGAGCUCAAUAAAGCUACCAGUAUGGGUGAUGCCGUUUUGGUGAUCUGCCAUCCUGAUUCCGUCACCACCAUUAAGCACUGGAUUACAAUCAUCCGGGCCAGGUUUGAGGAGGUACUGGCCUGGGCAAAGCAGCAUCAGCAGAGAUUAGUGAGUGCUCUGGCUGGGCUCAUUGCUAAAAAGGAGUUGUUGGAAGCUUUGCUGGCUUGGUUGCAGUGGGCUGAAACUACGCUCAAUGAGAAGGACAGAGAAGAUAUCCCCCAGGAGAUCGAGGAACUGAAAGCCCUCAUUGCAGAGCACCAGUCCUUCAUGGAGGAAAUGACCAGAAAACAGCCUGAUGUUGAUAAAGUAACGAAGACUUAUAAGCGGAGAGGAGCUGACCCUCCCUCAUUGCAGUCCCACAUUCCAGUUCUGGAUAAGGGGCGAGCAGGAAAAAAACGCUUUCCAGCAUCCAGCUUAUAUCCCUCUGGAUCACAGACACAAAUUGAAACCAAGAAUCCCAGGGUAAACCUGCUGGUGAGCAAAUGGCAGCAAGUCUGGCUCCUCGCGUUGGAAAGGAGGAGGAAGCUCAAUGAUGCCUUAGACAGGCUGGAAGAGCUGAGGGAAUUUGCUAACUUUGAUUUUGAUAUUUGGCGCAAAAAAUACAUGCGGUGGAUGAAUCACAAGAAAUCCCGAGUGAUGGACUUCUUCAGGAGAAUUGAUAAAGAUCAGGAUGGGAAGAUUACUCGGCAAGAAUUUAUUGAUGGAAUUCUUUCCUCAAAGUUCCCAACCAGUCGCCUGGAGAUGAGUGCAGUUGCAGACAUCUUUGACAGAGACGGUGAUGGAUAUAUUGACUACUAUGAAUUUGUAGCAGCUCUUCAUCCAAAUAAAGAUGCGUACAAACCCAUCACAGAUGCUGACAAAAUUGAAGAUGAGGUCACAAGGCAGGUAGCUAAGUGUAAAUGUGCAAAACGAUUUCAAGUUGAACAGAUCGGUGAUAACAAAUACAGGUUCUUCCUGGGAAAUCAGUUUGGAGACUCCCAGCAGCUGCGGCUGGUUCGGAUCCUUCGAAGUACCGUGAUGGUCCGUGUUGGAGGUGGAUGGAUGGCACUUGAUGAGUUCUUAGUGAAAAAUGAUCCUUGCAGGGUUCAUCAUCAUGGGAGUAAAAUGUUACGUUCGGAAUCAAACUCUUCAAUUACUACUACUCAGCCUACUAUAGCUAAAGGAAGGACCAACAUGGAGCUGCGUGAGAAGUUCAUCUUAGCAGAUGGUGCCAGUCAGGGCAUGGCUGCCUUCCGACCCCGGGGCCGCAGAUCUCGGCCUUCCUCUCGGGGAGCUUCACCAAACAGAUCAACUUCUGUGUCCAGCCAGGCUGGUCAGGGGGCCUCCCCACAGGUUCCUGCCACCAGCACACCCAAGAUUCUCCAUCCUUUAACACGCAAUUAUGGUAAACCAUGGUUGACAAACAGCAAAAUGUCAGCUCCUUGUAAGCCAGCAGAGGGCCCAGACUUUGCCGUGUCGUCUGCAGAGGGAACACCAAUACAAGGCAGCAAGCUGCGACUUCCAGGGUAUUUAUCAGGAAAAGGCUUCCACUCUGGAGAGGAGAGUGGCUUGAUCACAGCGGCAGCUGCCAGAGUCCGAACACAGUUUGCUGAUCCCAGGAGGACGCCCAGCCGACCCGGAAGCCGUGCUGGCAGCAAAGCUGGCAGCAGGGCCAGCAGCCGCAGAGGCAGUGAUGCGUCCGACUUUGACAUCUCGGAAAUCCAGUCUGUGUGCUCAGAUGUGGAGCCGGUCCCCCAGACACACAGACCUGUACCCCGAGCAGCUUCUCGGCCAUCCACAGGCAAGCCUUCCAAAAUCCCCACACCUCAGAGGAGAUCACCUGGCAGCAGACUGGACAAGUCCUCCAAGAGAUAGUGCAGUCUGCUCCUCUGGGCCUUCCUUAAACAUUUAUUAUUUAAGUUUGAACAGUGUAAAGUAUGAUGUAGAAAUGAUUGUGAAAUACCCCAGGAGAUGAGUUGAAAAUUCUGCAGAUGGCCUUAUCUGUGUAUAUGCCUUUUUAUUUGAUCUGUAUCAUUUUUUGGUCAGAUAUUCUGGGGCUAAAGUCACAUCAUAUGUGAUAGGGAAGAAAGAGUUUGAUGUGAGCUAACAUUUCUGCACCUAACAUGCACACUAAGCACACACUAAAGUCAGUUACUGUACUACAGGUAAGUCUCCAUUCUCUCUGACGA